AUGCCCGAGAUUCCCAAGAAGCAGAAGGCCAUGGUCAUUGAGAAGACCGGCGGCCCAGUUGAGUUCAAAGACAUCGACGUUCAGCAACCCGGACCAGAUGAGGUUCUGGUCAACAUCAAGUACAGCGGUGUCUGCCACACUGAUCUGCACGCCGUGAACGGUGACUGGCCACUGCCCACCAAGCUUCCGCUCGUCGGAGGCCACGAGGGUGCAGGUGUGGUUGUUGCACGCGGCGAGCUGGUCAAGGAUGUCGAGAUUGGCGACCAUGCCGGUGUGAAGUGGAUCAACGGCUCCUGCCUUGCUUGCGACUUCUGCCAGCAGUCCGACGAGCCUCUCUGCUCGAAGGCACUCCUCUCUGGGUACACCGUCGACGGCACCUUCCAGCAAUACUGCAUUGCAAAGGCGGCGCACGUUGCCCGUCUGCACAAGGACAUCCCCCUCGACGGUGUGGCACCAGUGCUCUGCGCCGGUAUCACAGUCUACAAGGGAUUGAAGGAGUCGGGUGCUAAGCCAGGCCAGACUGUGGCCAUUGUCGGUGCUGGUGGUGGUCUCGGAUCUCUCGCUCAGCAGUACGCCAAGGCCAUGGGCCUCCGAUGCAUUGCUAUUGAUGCUGGUGAGGACAAGAGGAAGAUGUGUUUGGAGCAGCUGGGCUCGUACGCAUUCGUCGACUUCUCCACCAGCCAGAACGUGGCCAAGGAUGUUCAGGCUGCAACUGAGGAUGGUCUUGGCCCACACGCCGUCAUUCUGGUUGCCACCGCUGAAAAGCCAUUCCAGCAGGCUGCCGAAUACGUACGCCCAAGGGGAACUGUCGUCUUCAUUGGUCUGCCGGCCGGUGCCUAUGUCCGCGCCCCAGUCUUCGAGUCGGUCGUCAAGAUGAUUACCAUUCGUGCCUCAUACGUUGGCAACCGCAAGGAUACCUCCGAGGCGCUCGACUUCUACCGCCGUGGCCUGAUUAAGGCACCCUUCAAGACUGUCGGUCUCUCCGAGCUCCAGAGCGUGUACGACAUGAUGCAUAAGGGCCAAAUUGCUGGCCGGUACGUGCUUGACACCUCAAAGUAG